GCGACCAAGAGAGUAGCAACUCCUCCCUGGAUUGCUAGUACUACACCAACCCCCCGAAGCAGUUACGCGCGAUUCGAACUCCAGCGAUACCACUACUUGCCUUUCAUCAUAUAUAUAAUCUCGAUCGGCGAUGGCCGCGAGAGCGAGAGAGAGAAGACGGCCAACCUCCUCCCCGGAUCCCACGGAGCACCUACGCCACGGGUAGUUGCAGCACUCUAUUCCCGCUCCGGGCAGGAUGACUCGAGAAGUCCAUCUCGGGGACGCCUCGCCCAAGCCCAAGACCGUCGACGGCGACGCCGACGCCGCCUCGGCCGUCCUCCCGCCGCCCGCCGUUGCCGGCCAUGGCAAGGCCGCCGCGAGGAACAAGCUGUCCCUGGUCCCGCUCAUCUUCCUCAUCUUCUUCGAGGUCGCCGGCGGGCCCUACGGCGCCGAACCCGCGGUGCAGUCGGCGGGCCCGCUCUUCGCGCUGCUCGGCUUCCUCAUCUUCCCCUUCAUCUGGGCCAUCCCGGAGUCGCUCGUCACGGCCGAGCUCUCCACCGCCAUGCCCGGCAACGGCGGCUUCGUCGUCUGGGCCGACCGCGCCUUCGGCCCCUUCACCGGCUCCCUCAUGGGCACCUGGAAGUACGUCUCCGGGGCCAUCAACGGCGCCGCCUUCCCCGCCCUCUGCGCCGACUACCUCGCGCGCGUCGUGCCCGCCGUCGCCGACGGCGGGCCACGGGUCGCCACCAUCGUCACCUUCAACGUCGCGCUAUCCUUCCUCAACUACACCGGCCUCAGCGUCGUCGGAUGGUCCGCCGUCGCGCUGGGGGUCGCCUCGCUAUCGCCCUUCGUGCUCAUGUCCGGCAUCGCGAUCCCCAAGAUCCGCCCGCACAGGUGGCGGGUCACCGCGGCCGACAAGGACUGGAAGCUAUUCUUCAACACCCUCUUCUGGAACCUCAACUACUGGGACAGCGUCAGCACCAUGGCCGGCGAGGUGGAGAACCCAGGCAAGACCUUCCCAACGGCGCUGCUGUCGUCCGUCGCCAUGACUUCCCUCGGGUACCUGCUCCCGCUCAUGGCGGCCACCGGCGCCAUCGACGCGCCGCCGGAGAACUGGGGGAACGGAUUCUUCGCCGACGCCGCAGGAACGAUCGCCGGCAGUUGGCUCAAGUACUGGAUCGAGGUGGGCGCGGUGCUCUCCUCCAUCGGCCUCUACUCGGCGACGCUGAGCAGCGCGGCGUUCCAGCUGCUGGGCAUGGCGGACCUGGGCCUCCUUCCCCGCAUCUUCGCUCUCCGGGCUCCAAUCUUCAACACUCCCUGGGUCAGCAUCGUGGUGACCAGCCUCAUCACUCUUGGCAUGUCCUUCUUGAGCUUCAACAACAUCGUGGCCGCCGCCAACUUUCUCUACAGCCUGGGCAUGCUCCUCGAGUUUGCCACCUUCAUCUGGCUCCGAAUCAAGCGGCCUGAGAUGGCACGGCCUUACAGCGUGCCGCUGGGACUCCCGGGCAACAUUGUCAUGUGCCUUGUCCCUUCAGGGUUCCUCGUCUUCGUCAUGGCCAUCGCCGGCUGGAAGGUGUACGCCAUCAGUGCCAUCUUUACUGCAGCAGGCGUCGGGGUGUACUACCUCAUGAAGUUCUGCAAGGCGAGGGGGUUCCUCAAUUUCGGCACCGUCGAUGGCGAGGAAAUGAUGUAUGAGCGUCACCAACAGGAGAGUAGAAACGACGGUGUCUGAGUGUUGAGACCCCCUUGGUAUCAAGAUUAACAGCUUUGGUUUCAAUCCUUGACAUGUUGCAAGUUGUA